UCGAGCAGUGCAGCAGUGUCAAACGGAUUACCAGAUACUCACCCUCAAGUAAUCAACGAUCAUCGAAUCAAGUCGAAAUGGCCGCCAACCAGAAGAUUGUGUUUGCCCUCGUUUGCCUGUUUUUGGCCUGUGAUUUGGUGCUUGGUCAGCAGCAGGCGGCCAACAGCUCGGAUGCGGAUUCGGAUGUGGCGGAAAGCCGUACUUUUGGCCACCAUUUCCUGCGGCGCAUCAGCUUCGCCCUGGUGCCCGGCGCCUUCGUCGUGGGCGUGAUCACCACCCUGCUGGCGGCCUUGACCGUGGUCUCCAUCAAGGGACUGGGCGUGGGAGUCAUCCUGCUGGUGCUGGCCAUCGGCCAGAUGCUGUCCCGAGCCCUUCCCGUCCAGGCAGCCGCCGCCUAUGCCGCCGCUCCCCUUCCCGUCCAGGCACCCGUGCCCGUGGUCUACUCCCACUCGCACACCCAGCAGCCCGUCUGGUUGGAGAAGGAGUGGUAGAUCGAAUAGUUCACCUUUGACCUGGAUUUGAUGCAAGAUGAGGGAAAACGGCGAGCGGGUAGCGGGCCAGGAUUCAAACUUACCUCAGCCUCAGCGAGCAUGCAACCAAAUAAUAAUUUAAGUCUAGUUUAAA